AUGUGCCGCACACUGAAGGCUGCCCUUGCUCUCCUCUGUCUGGCGGAGCUCGUUGCCUCGACAAGCCCACCCAAGCGGAACCUAUCGGAGAUCAUCCAGAAGAUCCAGCGCUUCAACCAAGGAGAGCAGAUCCCUUGCAAUGACACCAGAGUGGCAGAGGUGGCUUUCUCGGAUCCGAAGCUGUCAAAGCACGAGCUGCUGUGCCAGGCUGCCACUGUGCUGUCCAAGGUGACCCGCUGCAAGGAGAACUACGACCCCAUCAUCGACAAUCUGCAGAGCCUGCAUGACAAGAAGAGCUGCUCGCUGAGCACCGACAAUGAGAUCUACCUGCGGAACUUCUUGCCGGCGCUGGGGAACUACACCCAGAAUCUGUUCCGACAGAUCCCGACCACGACUACAAAAUGAAGCCCGGCCCCACCGCCUCCACCCUGCAGCCCCUGCGCUGGGUGCUGCUCAGAUUGGUUCUGCAGUUCUGAGCGUGCACUUCCCCUGCUCUGAACCCCAACCCAAUUCAGUCCUAAAUGUCCCGGGAGCACCUCGGCCCUGGCCGUCCCC